AUGCUGGAGGAGAGGCUCCUCUGUUUCCCAGGCAUGGCAGCAGUGUGGAGAGUCAUGCUGCUGUUGGUCUGCAUCUGCAUUUGGCUUCCAGCUCAGGCCCAGGGAGCUCUGGUCGUUUCCCGCAGAGAUCCUCUGAUACAGCAGUCAUACAACGUUGUCUUCCAGGAGACCAAAGAGGCUAUGGGCACAAGGUCAAUGAAGAAAAGAAGCACAAACUCUGCGAGUAUGGUGGAGGUGUACAGCGUGACAGUGGACUGCGCUGUGGCGUCUCGUUUCGCCCACACCGUCAUGACCUCCAAGGCUCUGAACAAAGCCAACACCUCCCAGGAAAUCUCCUUCGAAGUGGAGCUCCCCAAGACCGCCUUCAUCAGCAACUUCAGCAUGGAGAUUGACGGACAGGUGUAUGUCGGGGAGGUGAAGGAGAAAGAGAAAGCCAAGAAAGAGUAUGAGAAGGCCGUUUCCUCUGGACAGACUGCCGGACUGGUCAAGGCCUCUGGAAGAAAGAUGGAGAAGUUUUCAGUGUCCGUCAACAUUGGAGCCAAAAGUAACGUAACUUUCAUUCUGACCUACGAGGAGCUCCUUCAGAGGAAACUGGGCCAGUAUGAGAUUCUGACCCGAGUUAAACCCCAGCAGCCGGUGCAGGAGUUUCAGAUUGUGGCAAACAUCUAUGAGCCCCAAGGCAUUGCUUUUGUUGAGGCCACUGCAACUUUCCUCACCAAUGACCUGCUCUCCCUGGUGGACAAGACCGUCUCAGACACAAAGGCACACAUCUCUUUCUCACCAACAGUGGAGCAGCAGAGGAAAUGUCCAAGUUGUGAAGGCACCAUAAUUGAGGGAGAUUUCAUCAUCAAUUAUGAUGUGAAGCGAGAACAGAGCCUCGGGGAAGUUCAGAUUGUGAACGGAUACUUUGUGCACUUCUUUGCUCCACCUGACCUGCCCAGAGUCCCAAAGAAUGUGGUGUUUGUGAUUGACAGGAGCGGAUCAAUGAGUGGAAGAAAGAUUAAACAGACCCGGGAUGCAUUGGAAGCCAUUCUGAGAGACCUCCACAAGGAGGACCACUUUGCUCUCAUCCUGUUUGAUGAUGCCAUUACCACCUGGAGGGACUCUCUUACCAAAGCUACAGAGGAAAAUGUGUCUGAAGCCAUUGCCUAUGUCAGGGAACUAAUGGACAAUGGAGCCACCAAUAUUAAUGACGCUGUGCUGAGGGCAGUGAGCAUGCUGGUGGAAGAGAGAGAAUCUCACAACCUUCCAGAGAGGAGUGCAGAUAUGAUUAUUUUACUGACUGAUGGGAUGCCAAACCAUGGAGAGUCUAACCUCCAGACCAUCCAGAAGAAUGUCCAUGCUGCCAUCAAAGAGAGGAUGUCUAUGUUCUGUCUUGGAUUCGGAAAUGAUGUGGACUACUCCUUCCUUGAUGUGAUGAGCAGACAAAACAAAGGGCUGGCCCGCAGAAUCUUUGAGGGUUCAGAUGCAGCACUUCAGCUUCAGGGUUUCUAUGAGGAGGUGUCCAGCCCUCUGCUCUUGGAGGUGGAUCUGCGUUACCCUGACAAUGCAGUGGACUUCCUGACCAAAAACCACUAUAGCCAGUUGUUUAAUGGCUCAGAGAUCGUGGUGUCUGGACAGCUGACGGACAAUGACCCUGAUAACUUCUUGGUGGAAGUCUUCGGCAAAGGGACUGAAAAGGACUUCUGGGCGCAGGGAAAGGCUCGUGUGGUAAACUUAGACGUGAUCUACCCAGAGCAGGAGUACAUCUUUGGGGAUUUCUCAGAGCGUCUGUGGGCCUACCUCACCAUCCAGCAGCUACUGGAGAACAGUGACAUUGGCACUCAGCAGGAGAGAGACACUAAGACAGCCAAAGCCCUGGAAAUGUCAUUGCGAUACAGCUUCGUCACCCCCCUCACCUCCAUGGUGGUCACCAAGCCUGAAACUGAGGACAGACCAGGCAGCUCUCUCAUCGCUGAUAAGCUUACUGAGAAACAGCGACAGGAAGCAGAGAGACAUGGCGACCAGCGACACAGAGCACAGGGACACAGAGGUUCCUGGUCCAAAGCUUCCAGUUCCCGCAGUCAAUCAAACGUGGACGGAGAUCCUCAUUUCAUGAUAGAGCUGCCAGAGAGAGACAACGCUCUGUGCUUCAACAUCAACGACAAACCAGGCACCAUUUUCAACCUGGUCAGAGACCCAAAAUCAGGCUUUGUGGUGAAUGGCCAAAUUAUUGGCAAGAAGAAAGUUGUUCAGGAUGGUAUCACCAACACUUACUUUGGCCGUCUUGGUAUCGUCCAUCAGAAGCUGGGGCUGAGGCUGGAGGUGAGCACUGAGGACAUCUCAGUCUUCUAUGAUGGCAAGCAGGUCAAGCUGCUGUGGUCUGAUGCAGCUUCUAUCAAAGAAACCAAUAUGGAUCUCAGCCUGACUAAGAACUGCAGCCUGACAGUGACACUGAGGCACUCCGUUAAAUUUAUGGUCAUCAGACACACAAAGGUUUGGAAGAGACGUCGGGACCAUCAAGAGUACCUGGGUUUCUACACCCUGGACAGCCACCACCUGUCUGAUUCAGUUCACGGUCUGCUAGGUCAGUUCUACCACGGGGUUCGGUUUGAGGUGACAGACCUGCGUCCAGGUGAGGUCCAGGAGAGCUUAGACGCCACCAUGUAUGUGAAGGGACAAACGCUCAACGUGACCAGACACUGGCAGAAGGACUUCAGCAGCCAUGUGACGAACGGGGAAAAUAUUCCCUGCUGGUUUGUUAACAAUGAUGGAACAGGCCUCAUCGAUGGGAGAGCCUCAGACUACAUUGUGUCAGGGCUUUUCAAGACUGCUUUUUGAAUCGUGAAAAUCCAAAAUAUCAGCUGCACUGGGGCAACAUUAUUACGUGAGUGUUGUGGCAAUAGAUAGCAGAUUACAGUGAGUCACAGUGUGUCUUCAUUCACACGCAGAAACAAACAUCAUAAGAACCAGGGUAAUUACAUUUUUAUAUAAUGGCAAUACAAAAUAACAGUUUAUGAUGCCAACUGGCUGCAACGUGUGUUAUUUUUAGCUAACUGCAUGCAGGAAGUAGAAUUCGAGGUGUGUCGAAGUGUGUGUGUUUACUGGUGAAUGGGUAAGGUUUUAUAGUAUUGGGAUGUAAAUCUGCAUACUUGUUUGCUCCCUGCCAGUGCAGGAAUGACACUGGAUGCACAUAAAGUGCAAAACCUGGUGAUGUAUAAUGGUGCAGCAUGCUACUCUGUCAGAAAUCAGGGUUGUGCUUGCUGUGAAAGUUCAGUUGGACCGUUGCUUAAUGUGCUUUACAGCAAUACAUAUAUUGGCAAUAGAAAAUUCUAGCUGCUUUUGCAGUCACUAACACUACAGAGUAACACACUAUUUGUAGAUUUGCUCAUUAAUUGUCUCAAGAACUGUAUUUUUUUUGUCAGAUUAAUAUGACAAGCAUCACCAGCUGUCUCAUAGUCAUGUUUUGCACUUGAAAAAGUUUUAUGAUAUAAAAGCAGUUUCACACAGGA